AUGAUCAUCUUUGGCUGCAUCCAGCUGACCCUUUGCCAGGUCCAAAACUUCCACAAGCUGUCGUGGAUCUCCAUACUCGCCGCCGUCAUGUCGAUCACCUAUUCCUUUACUGGAUUGGGUCUCUCCGUAACCAAAGUUGCUGCAGCUCCGGAUCCCGAGGAGAGCUGGGCCGAGGCCCGGGGUGGCCACCCUGGAUCCGCCACUGAGAAAAUUUUCCAAGCAAUUGGCAACAUUGCCUUUGCUUAUACCUACUCCACCGUCCUCAUCGAGAUUCAGGACACCCUGAAAUCGAGCCCCGCGGAGAACAAGACAAUGAAGCGGGCGAGUUUUGUGGGCAUCUCAACUACGACCAUUUUCUACCUUCUCUGCGGUUGUGUCGGCUAA